AUGAAGCGACACUUGAAACGUACGAUAGGAAGCGCGUCUCUUACUGUGUCCGAGAUGGUAACAGUGCUGAGCCAGAUCGAAGCGAUUAUGAACUCGAGGCCUAUCACACCAUUAUCUGAGGACCGCCUGACCUACAGGACAUACCAAUUUCACGGCUAUCAAGGUGGCAACAUGCUGAGCAAAUCCGGCAGAGGUUCUGGUCGCGAUGGUCAAAGUAUUCACUUAACUACAUGUCAGCAAAGAUCCAAAUGGAGAACUGCAAGACAGGAGACGGUGCAAGUAGGGCAGUUGGUGAUGUUGAACGAAGACGAAGCCAUGCCGUGCAAGUGGACGAUGGCCAGGAUAAUGGACAUACAUCCGGGGGAAGAUGGAGUGGUGCGUGCGGUAACGGUACGCACGGCUAAGGGCCAGUGCAAAAGACCGAUGGUGAAGCUAGCGCCGAUUCCUAUUGACUGA